AUGGGGAGUUUAGGAGUGAGGAAAGGUGCAUGGACUGCGGAAGAAGAUCUCUUGCUGAGGAGGUGCGUGGAGGCUUAUGGGGAAGGCCACUGGCAUCUUGUUCCUCGCAGAGCAGGGUUAAAUCGAUGCAGGAAAAGCUGUAGAUUGAGGUGGUUGAACUAUCUGAGGCCGAAUAUCAACAAAGGAAAGUUUGCGUUGGACGAAGUUGAUCUCAUCAUUAGGCUUCAUAAACUUUUAGGCAACAGAUGGUCCUUAAUUGCUCAAAGGUUGCCUGGAAGAACAGCAAACGAUGUAAAAAACUACUGGAACACUCGCCUUCACAAUAAGAGGGUUCCAUCACUUCCAUGUCAACAAGCAAAGGUGGAAGCCGCAGCCCAGCAAACUACAGAAGCCAUUAAUGUUAUAAAGCCUCGCCCAUGGAGCUUCACGAAGGACUUGUCAAAGUUGAGACCCAGAGUUGCAGAUGACCCAAUUCCUCCAUUAAUGAAAGACCACUGCAUUAACAUGAAACUCCUUCCAGCUUCCCCAGUGCCAGAACUGAAUAAUCAGACAGAGUGUUGGGAAACCCUGUUGUUUCCUCAAGAAGCUGAUGAAGCUUCCGCUGUACCAGAGCUGGAUUGUUCUUUAACAACUGGGUUUGCAGAGGAGAUUGGUGCAAGCCUCUGGGUUGAUGACAAUACCAUUGCACCACAGGGCAAGGGAUGGAGCAAUACUGCUGCUAGUGUGGAGGAAGAGCAGACUGUAGGUUGGAACGAGUAUGAUCUUCAGAAUCUCUUGAGCACAUAA